CAGGAACUUGUUCUUUCAAGUUUCAACUUGAUGAACUGAAACAUUGUUUCGUUGUUUAUUCUAGUUCUAUACAUUGUCAUUUGUUUGACAUGUAUCCAUUGCUCCUGAGCUGCUGCUUCCUUUGUCUUCUGGAGCUUCGAGUUAAGGUUUCUUUGCAUUUUGUUCUUCUUCUUCUUCGUGCGCCUUGCCUGGGACACUUGGACACUCCUCUUCAUCGCUUCCUUCAGGAUGAGUGCGUUGCUCAUGGCAGUCUUGAAUUGCUUUCUCGUCUGGAUGUUAAUAUUCAGUGUCUAUGCGGACGUUUGUUUUCUGAUCUUUUUUCAAUGUUCCCAAAAUUGUUGAUGCGGCUGUGAUUAUAAAAAUGGUGCGGGAAGAGUAAGAUUGAAACAGUAUACCUAUUUGAAGUAUUGCCUUUUUUUUGGUAGUCAUCUAGCAUCUUUAACAAGAUUGAACAGUUUAUGGGGCUUUUGGCUAUGGGCUGAUUCUGCACAUUUGCUGGCCGUCAGCCAUUCUGUAGGUUGGUUGCAGAACAUAGGACUACUGAGACUGAAAGCUUCUUUGGUGCAUGCACACAAGAUGGAGGGCCUGGAUGGUGGGGCAGAUGGUUCCGCCUCGUCUCAAGCCGCGCAAAGAACUGAGGAUGCCCAAUCUCAAAGGGUUGAAAGCGAGUUGCUAGAUGAUGGGGAGGCUUUGGCCCAAUUUCAUGCAAAAGCAAAGGCGAGGAGGAAGAACAGGCAAAAACGCGUCCAGUAUCAGUUCCUGUUCAAGGCAGGAGCCUUCGUGAUCAUGCUGGCGGUGGUAAUGAUCACGAAGAAGAUACAGCAGUGGUACAAGCCGGCAGCUGACAAUGCUGCCCCUGCGGAGGCGAAGACAACGAAACCAAAUCUUGCUAGUCAUGACGGCCUCGAUAGCGAGCUUUGACAGAAUGCAAAAGAGUCUCACACACACAAGUCUGGCAAUAAUUCAUGAUGGAACCUUUUGCCACAAUCAAGUUUCAUUGGAACAGUCAUCAUAGGUUUGGUUGGAUGUGUAAAGCAGAUGCAGCACCAGUGCGACAAAGAACUGACUUCGCCUGUGGUUCGCUUGCAAGGACAUGGC